GGCAGCCUCAUAUGUCAAGGUGUGGGGCACUGGAGCACUGGAUAUUUGCAUAGUCUGCAGAGCAGAGAGAGAGAGAGAGAGAGAGAGAGAGAGAGAGAGAGAGAUGGAGAGAGACAAGGAAAUGAAGCAAUCAAAAUUCAAGAGGAUUUGUGUCUUCUGUGGGAGUAGCCAAGGAAAGAAGAGCAGUUACAAGGAUGCUGCUAUCGAGCUUGGAAGAGAAUUGGUUUCAAGGAAUAUUGAUCUGGUAUAUGGAGGAGGGAGUAUUGGCUUGAUGGGUUUAAUUUCUCAAGCUGUAUAUGAUGGUGGCCGCCAUGUCAUUGGAGUCAUUCCCAAGACCCUGAUGCCUAGAGAGAUAACCGGUGAGACAGUUGGGGAAGUGAAGGCAGUUGCAGACAUGCACCAAAGGAAGGCAGAGAUGGCUAGACACUCAGAUGCCUUUAUUGCCUUACCUGGUGGGUAUGGAACUCUAGAAGAGCUUCUUGAAGUAAUAACCUGGGCUCAGCUUGGCAUCCAUGACAAACCGGUGGGAUUGUUGAAUGUGGAUGGCUACUACAACUCCCUCCUCUCAUUCAUAGACAAAGCAGUAGAGGAAGAUUUCAUAAGCCCAAGUGCCCGCCAUAUCAUUGUAUCAGCCCCCACUGCCAGGGAGUUGAUGAAGAAAUUGGAGGAGUAUUUUCCUCGCCAUGAGGGAGUUGCUUCAAAACUGAGCUGGGAAACUGAACAGUUAGGCUAUUCUCCCAAAUGUGAACUCUCUAGGUAUGCAUUAAUGUUAAACAAUCUGCAACUGUGGCCCAUUAGCUUGAGCCCAAACUCAUUCUGCAUUGGGUUCAUGUUGGGCCCAACCAGGAUUUUUCUUUCCUCAAGUUGGGCUGUAACAUGGACAGGGUUAGCCCAAUCCUCUGCAAAUCCAGUCUCAACUUGACCUCCUGAAAUCUGACUUACAGAGAUUUAUUGUCAUUUUACAUGUAUUUUAUGUUAAUAUGACCAUAUUUUUAAAUAUCACCUAUUAUUUUUUUUUUAAAUUCAAUAAAUAAAGAUGAAGUUGUGAUGAAUUUUAUAUAA